AUGACCAACGUCAACGACCGUCCGUCCACCAGCAAUCCUACUCAGAACUCUAUCGUUGACAUCGCUCAACGUCACGUCCAUGCCACCGCUCGUGUCGCUCAGGAUGCCGUCCUCGGCGGCGUAUGGCUUUAUCCCAUAUGGGGCAUAGUCUACCUCUUCAGUCACCCCUCUCUCAUCCGCCCCCUCAUCCCUACUCUCUUCAAGGGCGUCUUGGUGUCUCUCGCCGUCAUCGUAGCUCUCUUCACCCUCACGUACCUCCCUCAGGUUGCCUUCCUUGCUCUUUUCAGUGGGCCACUCGCCUUCAUAGCUGCCGUCCCUUUGGUGCUCGGCGAGGCCUAUGUGAUCAUCACUUUUUUAGCUCGAAGUUUCCUCGUUCUCCUGCUGAGAGGACAAAACACCCUGGUCGAACGAGGUCGUCAAGUCACUAGUAGCGGAGGAAGAACAAGACAGCUCGGUCAGGUCCUCACAAAGCCCCUGAGCAAGUUUAGUACGGACAACAUCGUCCGCUAUCUCCUCACAUUGCCUCUCAACCUGAUCCCUGUCGUCGGUACCGCCUUCUUCGUCGGAAUACAACACGGAGCUGACACGUCCACAGGAUUUAAAGCAGGGCCAGGUUAUCAUGCCAGAUACUUUCAACUAAAAGGAUACGACAAGGAGCAGCGUCAAUCAGCCGUACACCGUCGCAGGGGAGGUUACACCGCACUGGGUACCGUCGCCACUCUACUCAACCUCAUCCCCGUGGUCUCAAUAGUGUUCAUAUUCACGACGACGGUGGGAGCGGCCCUGUGGGCUGCCGAUAUCGAGGCGAAAGGUAAAGGCUCCAGUUCUGGUGGAGUGAGCAACCCAUUGCAAGAGGCGGACAAGGGGGAGGUUGAACUGCCUCGCAAGGUGGUCAAGGAUCUGUAG